UGGUAUUUCGAAUUACGUUAAUCUUCUGGUUGUCGCGGGGGAAUCUUGGCCGGUCCCCAUUGCAAUGAUUCCGAUACGGUUUGCAUGGCCAUAUGGUGGUCUACAGGUCUUUCUGAGUGGUUCUUUCACCAGGUGGACUGAGCACUUGCCAAUGACUCCAUUGGAGGGUUCGUCAAUGAUUUUUCAGGCAAUUUGCAAUCUUGCACCGGGCUAUCAUCAGUACAAGUUCCUGGUUGAUGGUGUAUGGCGGCUGGAUGAAAAUCAGCCUUAUGUUACUGAUGAAUAUGGGAUGGUAAAUAAUAUUAUACUUGUAAAGGAACCGGAACUUGCCCCUUCAAUUUUGCGUUCAGAGCCUCUACCUUCUAAAUCAGGCAUGGAUGUGGAUAAUGGCACCUUUCAACAACCGGCUUCAUUGUCAGGUGGCAUGCAACGGGAGCCAGUAUUUCAAAUUUCAGAAAGUGACAUAGAUGUUUUGCGUCGUCAUCUUUCUUUAUUAUUGUCAAGAUAUACAGCAUAUGAGUUGAUUCCCGACUCGGGCAAGGUCUUUGCGUUAGACGAUAAAUUGCCUGUGAAACAAGCAUUUCAUAUUAUGUAUGAACAGGGACUUGCUGUUGUACCUAUUUGGGAUAAUUCCAAGGGACAAAUUUCAGGAAUGCUUACUGCUUCCGACUUCAUCUUAAUCUUAAAAGAGCUACAUAAAGAUCUGUCAAUGCUUGCUAAUGAAGAGCUUGAAAUGCAUCCAAUUUUCUUUUGGAAAGUAGGAAAAAGGUUCAAGCUUCACAGGAAAUCUGAUGAGUCGAUACAGCCACCAUUUAGGAAGCCUUUGAUCCAAGCUAGUCCACAAGAGUCUCUAAAAGAUGUGGCUCAGAAGAUUCUGCAGAAUAAGAUAUCAACUGUUCCCAUAAUUCAUUCGUCGCAAGAUGGGUUGUGCCAACAAUUACUUCAUCUUGCCUGCCUUCCUGGAAUAUUAAAAUAUAUUUGCAGGCAUUUUAGACACUUUCCUGGAACUCUGCCUCUUCUACAAAUUCCUGUUGGUAGGCUUCCUUUAGGAACAUGGGCACCAGAUAUUAGGACAACGAAUGCAUACCAACUAACAACAUUGCAGCCUAAUGCCCCUCUAAGUUCUGCACUUGAUUUUUUAAUAGAAGCUCAAGUAAGUUCCAUACCUAUUGUUGAUGCUAACGGCUGCCUUUUGGAUCUAUUCUCCCGAAGUGAUAUUACCUCAUUGGCAAAAGGCAGUGCAUAUGCGCAUAUCCAGCUCGAUCAAACAAGCAUGCAUCAAGCACUACAACUGGUGUACGAGGCGAAUAGUCCCCUCAAUGCUCAUAGGCGAUGUCAAACAUGUUUGCGUACUGAUUUGCUGCAUGACACUAUGGAGCGUCUAUCUGAUCCAGUGGUGCGGCGGCUCAUCGUCAUUGAAGCUGGUAGCAAGCGUGUGGAAGGCAUUAUUUCGUUGACUGAUGUAUUUAAUUUUUUAUUUGGAUGAAGCGCCCACUGUAAAUUUCCCUUUCCAGUUAUUCAAGUUUUGUUCAGCUUAAUUGAUUCAAAGAAAUAAAAUUUAUUAGAGCAAUCAGUCCUUGAUAGUGUUAUC